GAGAGCAGCUCCUUGGUAAGGGUAACUCCUUGCUUCCAGUGUGCCAAAAAAAAGGUCACUCCUUUUCACUUCCACUUCUUCAUUUAUUUAUUUGUUUGUUUAUUUCCUGUUUGGUGAGCGGGAAAAUGGUGGAAAGUGAGAGAGAAAUGAGAUGAUUUGUUAUUUUAUUUCUUUAUAAUCAUUGCUUAAAGAAGAAGAAACAAUAAAUACUUAGAAAAACUCAUUUGAAAUUCUAGCUAACUGGUUUUUUAGGCUCAGGUUAAGCAUUCUGAAUUUCAAAACCCUUUCUUUAUCUUUCUAGGUGACUAAAAGAGCCUACACCUUGUCAAUAUCUAAUGGCAAAAUCCACACAUUUGGUUGAUAAAUGUGAUUACGGUUUGAAAUGUUGAUUUUAAUGCAUGCAAUAGCCAUAAUUUGAGUUAUUAUAUCAUGGUAACUGUUGGGAACAAGCAGUAUAUAUUUGAGGCAUUAAGAAAUUACAUGUAAAAAUUAAACUACUUUAGGUUUUCUUUAUUUCUUGUGACAUGCAGCAUUUUAUGUCUUUGAGCAUUCAUGUGGGGUUUCUCUUCAAUCUGUAGUUACUGUGAAUUAGGCCAUUAAUAUUAUAGUGAGUUUCAUUUAUAAAUUUCAUUCUGAUCUUUAAUCCUCACUUGGUAUGUAAUAUAUUCUGUUCUUCAUAUUUGGUUCAAUCUAACUUUGUAUUGUUGUUAUUACCUAUCGUUCUGUUUUAUUUUGGCUCAUGUUCUAGGCAUCUGUAGAAUGAAGUUGUAAAAGAGAUCUAAUAUAGCAAACACAACUAGUUGACAGUUUAGUCCUUAACAAAGUUAAAUGGGAGAAAGGAUUCAUGUUGUGUGAAAUUGUUUUGGGAUUGUGAUGCAGUCAAGGAAGACUAGGUUUAGGAAUUAUUUAAUUUAAUUGUUAAUUGUGGAAGUAAGACCUUUAAUUCAGAUUUUCUAGUGCAAUUAGGAAAUUUAGAUUUCUAUUAUUUAUGAAUUUUUAUAAAAUAAUAUUAGGCUUAGUAUUUUCCUCGUUAGCUUGGUUUAGUAUUUCUUAUCUUGGGAUAUUAUAAAUACCUAAUACCUAUUUAAUCUAGGUAUUUUGAAGAGCGUAUUAUUAUUGAUAUUGACAAUCGAGGAUUAAUUAAAUUUGAGAGUUUAUUUCCUUUCCCCUUUGAGUGUUUUUUGUGGUUCUACACCAUACCGCAGCCUGAUUCUGCGGAGUUGAGAUGUUGUAGGCACCAUUUUAUACUAGAUUGAAAUGGAUAACCACAUUCUUGAAGAGCUGCAAAAGGCAGGCAAUCUUGUUGUGAGCCUUGCCAGGGAGAUUGAUUUCAAAAACCAGAAGUUGUUGGAAAUGGAGAAGAAGUGUGAUGGGACAUCAGCAUCUCUAAAUGUGAUGAUGAAGGAGAAUGACAGACUGCAGCAAGCACGUGUUGAAGGUAUAAAGAAGAUGCAGAUUGUCAAUGCAUGUAACAAGACACUGCAGCAGAAAUUAGACUUUCAAAGGAAUGAAUUUGAGCAGAAAAUUAAAGAACUCGAGAAGCAAGUAGCUCAACAUGACCUUGAGCAGAAAAAUUUGAUCCUUCAGAGGGAAGAGCUGACUGAUGAUUUGAGAAAAGAAUUAGCAGAAAAAGUAGAAGAAUUACAGUGCAUGGACAAUCUUAACCAAAUGCUUAUCGUCAAAGAGCGCACAAGUAAUUUUGAGCUGCAAGAAGCUCGAAAGGAAUUAUUAAGUGGAUUGCAAGAUUUUAUGGAUGGUGAAAUUACUAUUGGAGUCAAGAGAAUGGGAGAGAUUGAUAUCAAACCGUUUGAAGAUAUCUGCUUGCAGAAGUUCUCUAGAGAUUAUGAGGAGAAAUUGAUGCAGAUAUGCUCAUUGUGGCAACACUAUAUCAGCAAUCCAAAUUGGCAUCCCUUCAAGAACGAGUUUGUAGAUGGGAAAUUGCAAGAAGUAAUAGACAAAGAUGACACAAAGCUGAAGGAGUUGAGAGAACUGUGGGGCGAUGCACCAUACAAAGCCAUAGCUGAUUCACUAAUGGAAUUGAACGAAUACAAUCCAAGUGGGAGAUAUGUAGUUCCUGAACUCUGGAACUAUGAAGAAGGAAGAAAAGCCAGUCUACAAGAGGUAAUCAAGUAUAUGAUUCGAGAGUUGAAGAGUUACAAAUCUCUCAAGCGUAAAAAGCGAUGGAGCUGCCAUUAGAAUCUAGUAUUACAGAGUUUGUAUUUAUCAGUUAGGCUUAUAGGAGGAUUAUGCUGUCCUAUCAAGUAACUCAAUAAUUAAACUUGGCUGUGAAUGUACUAGAACUGAGCUUAAUCUGAAUUGAAAUUUGAAAGGGAAAAAAAAAAAGAAGGAAACAAGAGGAUAGGGCAAAAAAGAAGGAAACAAGAGAAUAGGGCAACUGCUGCAUCUAUAAAAAUCAAAAGCUGGAUACGCAAGUUCACUGAAAUUUACCCAAAAAUUAUUGUGGCGCAAACUUUUUAAAUGUCUAGGCUUUUUUAUCAGAGAGAAAUGGGCUUGAUUAAUGGGCUCUUGAAAGCCCCAGGAUUCUAGACUUUCUCCUAUAAAUUUGAAAAAACCUAGAAUUUCAAGCUCUCGUGUCAUGCUUGAGUAGCACUUCCUCUGUAUUUUGAAACUGCGGCCGUCAUAAAAUCCCUCAUAGCGUAAAAUUGUCAUCAAUAUUUCUCCUCAAUCUUCAUUUGUUGUUGCUUUUGUUGUUUAAUUGUUUAAGCUAAUGGGUUAUGAUUUGAAAGAGAGAGGCUUGAGUGGGAUCCCAACAACAGUCAAGACGCAUCUCGUUUAAAGGGUUAAAAAGAUAGGAUGAAAGGCAAAGAAGAAGAUGCCGCCACUCUUUUCAAAGAGUCUGUGCUUGGGUGUCUCCAAUUUGUCAUUUUUCCCUCUUUCUUGACCUUUUUUUGAUUUGGGUUUUUCCCACAAUGACGGUUCUUUCAAUCUUUUACACUUGAUAUGAACCCAAAUCACAAGAUUUUUUUUCUUGGCAAUAUUAAUGUUAGCUCGUCUUUGGUUUAAUAAGAAUUUGCAUUUGUUGUGUUUGUUGUGAGGAAGCGCUUUAUUUUUGUUUCCUCACUGAACAACAGUGCAGACAGAGAAAGCCUGAUUGCUGCCUGUUUUCUCAAAGCAGAGAGCUGUUUUUGGGAAAGUAGGUAUAUAAUUAGGCAGCGGCCAGACAACCGUAGGGAUGGAAUCCACAGAUGGCGGGUAUUUGAUACCGCUUUGUCUACUAAAUCCCAUCUCACAUGUA